AUGGGAAAUAUUAAAUUCACGCUUUUCGCUCAAAUCUUUGCAUAUAUCAUUUUAACAUGCACAAAUCCGUAUAUGAAGGAUGAGUGUACAUUUGGCAAGUAUUUUGAUAAGAGACACAAUAUUGAUAAAGCAUUGAAUACAAGAGCCGAACGCCUAUUGGCAAAUUAUGAACUACGUUAUGCAUCGAAAAAAGCAGAUUCAACAGAUUUUUUAACAAGAUGUGAAACAUUUAGAACAUUAAGAAAUCAAGAAGACGAUAUCCCAGAAUAUGUUAAAUUAUAUAAAUACAGAAAAGGUAGUUUUAAGCCUUAUAAAGAACAUUCAAAUCUAUUAUGUGCUGUAUACAAAGACAUGAAAAAAGUUGAUAGUUGUUUUGAAAAAAAUAUAUUCAACCAUCUUGAAAGAUUGGAUGAACUAAAGAAACAUAAGAGAACUCCUAAAAGAACUUGUAAAAGAAGAAUUUUUAGAAAAUAUGAUAUAUUUCUUUUUAUAGGUUAUAUUAUUCCAUUACUUGUAGUAAUGUUUUCUUUGCUAAAUUAUGUCGCAAAACAAUUUAAAUAUACUGAAUACGUUGGUGGCUCAACUAUGAAAAAUUUAAAUGGUAAUUUUUAUUUUAUACCAAUUAUUUUAAUACCCAUUAUUUAUUUUUUAACAUUUUCUUAUGUUCAUCAAAAAGUUAAUAAAUUUAGAAGAUUAAAAUAUAAAUAUAGGAUGAUAUAA